AUGUCUAGCCAGGCAUUAGGAUCAGAAGAAAAUGAUUAUAAAUCCAGGUCCAGGAGUCCAUUCCAUGACUCUCUGCUCCAAAGUUCUCGCUCUCUAUCCCAGUGGUCCCACACUCCGCAGCACAGCACUUCACACGAGAGGUCCCACACUCUGCGCCACACCACUUCACGCCACCGGUCCCAAUCUCCAACCCACAGCACCCCACGCCAGCGGUCCCGCACGCCACACCACACCACUUCAUGCCACCAGUACCAGUCUCCAACCCACAGCACCCCACGCCAGCGGUCCCGCACUCCACGCCACCGGUCCAAAUCUCCGACUCGCAGCACCCCACGCCAGUGGUCCCGCACUCCACGCCACAGCUAUUCACGCCCACGGGACAGCUCUCCACACCAGCGCUCCAGCUCUUCUUAUGAGUGCUCCCAAAGACCAGCUAGGGAAAACCAGCACAGAGAGGGUGGAGAGCUAUUCCCAUUAGAUAAUGGAAAAUUCCAAAGGCGGGUCCUUUAUCUUCUUUCUGAUAUUCGGGCAAAGCUGUCAGAGGUGGGCCAAAACCGUGAGCCCCCAGAGUCUCAGUUCCACCUUGAGAAAAUGAACAGCAGGCGUGAGCUAAAAAAUCUGGAAGGGCAACUGGCCGUUGAAGAAAAGAGGAAUGUGAUGGUGUCUCGGUUAGUCAGGAUUGGGGGUGCAGACCUUGAGGACUGUGUAAAAAAUAUGAUGAAAAGAGUUCUUACCAACAGAUUGAUGGCAACAAUGAACAUGGAUGGCUCAGGGGUGAAGAAGGCCUUUGGAAAAACACGGCUAUGCCGUGUUAUGAUAGGUGCUGUACAGCAGUCGAAACCUUCUGCGUCAGAGGCCGAAAUAAAGAAAUACAUGGGCAGCUAUCUCCGGUCUGCUCCUGAUAGAUAUGGGGGUAUGGGACGGCAAAAGGGGAAAUCGGCCAUUGAGGUCUGUUCAGACUCUGAAUAAGUAGAA